AGGUCCUAGUGCGGGGAAUUGCAGCCUCGCUCCCGCAGUCUGCACUCUGACAGCAGCUCUAGGGAGAACACACACAUCCAGGGAAGCUGCAGAGCACACACACACAUUCAGUGAAGAUACCAUCCGACUGCCCUCUUUCUCUCUCUCUCUCUCUCUCUCUCUCUCUCUCUCUCUCUCUCACUCUCUCUCCCCAACUCUUCACAGUCUUUCGAUAGCUCAGCAACACCACUUCUACUGCUGCGGCUGCUGCUGCUGCUGCUGCUACAAGAGGAAAUAUGCUGAAUGCCGGAUCGAGAAGGGUCCCGGGAUGGCUGAAGCUGUUGUCCAGCCUAUGUCUGCUUCUCUGCCUGGUGGGGGAGACUGGGGCCAAGAGGGUCCCCAAAAUCCCCCGCUGUCCUACCACCUGCUCCUGCACCAAAGACAGUGCCUUCUGUGUGGAUACCAAGACUAUCCCCAAGAGCUUUCCCCCUGGGAUCAUCUCCCUGACGAUGGUGAAUGCAGCCUUCACUACAAUCCCAGAGGGAGCCUUCUCCCACCUGCACCUUCUGCAGUUUCUUCUGCUGAACUCUAACACCUUCACUGUUGUGGCUGAUGAUGCCUUCGCAGGUCUGUCACACCUGCAGUACUUAUUUAUAGAGAACAAUGACAUCCAAGCCCUGUCAAAGCACACCUUCAGAGGGCUUAAAUCCUUGACUCACCUUUCUCUGUCAAAUAAUAACCUGCAGCUCCUUCCACGAGAACUCUUCAAAUAUUUUGACAUUCUGACAGACUUAGACCUGCGGGGUAACUCAUUCCGCUGUGACUGUAAAAUCAAGUGGCUUGUGGACUGGAUGGAGAAGUCCAACACCUCUGUCCCUGCCAUCUACUGUGCCAGCCCAUUUGAGUUCCAAGGCCGCAGAAUCCAUGAUCUAACCCCACGAGACUUCAACUGUAUCAGCGCAGACUUUGCAGUUUAUGAAACUUUCCCCUUCCAGUCUGUGUCAGUGGAGUCCUAUGAAUUCAACGACGAUCAGUUUGUGGCCUUCGCCCAGCCUGAUACUGGGUUCUGUACACUGUUUGUAUGGGAUCAUGUGGAAAUGGUCUUCCGGAUGUACCAUAAUAUAACAUCUCGCUCCGCUGUCUACUGCAAGCCUGUGGUAAUAAACAACACUCUUUACAUGGUUGUGGCUCAACUUUUUGGAGGAUCCCACAUCUACAAGUGGGAAGAGGACCCACAGCGAUUUGUGAAGAUUCAGGACAUUGACACCACACGUGUGAGGAAACCCAACUUUGUUGAGACCUUCCAGCUGGAUGAUGAGUGGUACUUUGCAGUAGCAGACAGUUCCAAGGCAGGCUCUACGAGCAUAUACCGCUGGAACAGCAACGGUUUCUACUCCCACCAAUCCCUUCAUCCCUGGCAUCGUGACACCCAUGUGGAGUUCCUAGAUGUGGAGGGGAAGCAGCGUCUCAUUCUCUCCAGUGCCUCCCAGCCCCCAGUGGUUUACCAGUGGAACCGCAGCCUGCGCCAGUUUGCCUUUCAUUCCCAAAUCACUGAGACUGCUGACGUACAGAUGGUCAAGCAUUUCUGGGUGCGCAAAGUUCUCUACCUCUGCCUUACACGCUUCAUUGGCGACUCCAAGAUUCUCCGCUGGGAGGGGCAGCGCUAUGUUGAGAUUCAGACCCUGCCCUCACGUGGCUCCAUGGCUGUGUAUCCAUUCAUCGUGGGCCCCCGCCAGUAUCUCCUCUUAGGGAGUGAUUUCUCCUUCUCUCGAGUUUACUUGUGGGACGACCUUACCCAGCGCUUCCAGCUCUUCCAGGAGCUCAACAUGAGAGCACCCCGGGCCUUCAGCUUGGUGUCAGUGGACAACAAAGACAUCCUGCUGGCAGCCAGCUUCAAAGGCAACACCCUGGCCUACCAGCACCUAAUAGUGGAUCUUAGUGCCAAAUAGACCAAUCCAGUCAGAAUCUCUGAGACCAUUCAUGUGUCUGUUCUGUUCUUAUGAGGCCCGAUUCCAACUUAAGAAUUUACAAAUUUCCUACACACGUCUUUCCGACGCAUUUCUUAGUAUUUUGUAUUCAGACUUACCUUAUUUAGUUGCAUAACGCGCUCUGCAGGUGUGGCUACCUUGCACACUCUGAAUAAAUUCCAUUCAACCCCUGAAAACCCUCCCACUUGCUAGCCAACAGAUUUUCUCAUGGAAUCUUCAUUCAAUAUUUUUUUCAGUGCACUUAUCUUAAGCCAUCCCUUUAAAUACAAUGCACCUUUUAGUUUGAAUUUUGUCGACAGACUCGAGAGAACGGGUUCAAAAUAUUAGGGAUCAAUGAAAGAAAACACCAAUUGGUAGAUGGUAGAUACAAAAAAUACUCUGAUCGUGCAGAUUAUUUGGGUUUAGGAAAGUAUUUAUGAAUCAUAAAAAACAGGUUUAGAGAAACUUUACGCACGAAAGAAAGAAAAUGUUGAUUUAAUUCAUUCUGAAAAUUGCCACAUUCAGUUCUUCAACACAUGAUAAUGUUGGAAGAUUAGUGUACAUAGAAUUAUAACAGGGAGAAUAGUGUACAACAGUGUUCUAUCCUCUCGCCUGCACUAACCAUGGAACUGUGUGAUGACACGGCCAAGUACUGCGCCAUGCAUGGGGUUCAAACUAUUACAGCUUGGUCUGCGCUCCACUCCGUAAUGAUUGAAUUAUGUCUUUUUAUAUUAUCAACUGUUACUAAUGAUUCUCAGCAACAACCACACAGCCGUGACGGCGUUUACUGAGGAAACAAAUGAAGGUAAACACAACAAUGUAAGUAAAUGGAAUGAUAAUGAAGGUUAUACCAACUAAAGGGAACUAAAAGUAAAUUGUCAGUUGAAUAUGUGUUGUUAUUAGGCCUACAGUACUGACGGUUGAUACUGAUAGUGGCUAAUAUUUCACAUGAUAGAAAUAGGAAACAGAGAAAGUCACGGUAUUCAAGACAUUCGAGAGUGCCCAUCCCUGCAAGUUAAAAAAAGACUGUACAAUUUAAAUUCUGCAUAACGGCACAGUACUUCAUAACCUUUACUGUGGGAAAGUUGAUAUGUUCAUAUGCUUCAGUUUGCUGCCAUAUGACUGGUUUCACGUCUCCAGAGAUUAUAAGGUAAAAUAGACCUAACACAAGUGUUAUUUAUAUUUACAAUUCCCUUAUCAAAAACGGAUUACUCAUUUACCUAGCUGUUAUCAAUAGCUCUUAUCAAGUUGUAAAUUACAGUGCAUGGUGAAUGCUGUUAUUUCUAUCAGAAAAAAAUUAAGUAGAUGCUUUUUCCUCUUGGAAUUGGAAGGUUCGCUCGACCUUAUUCAUGGUUUCCUCGUGCGUAAAGGUGGUGGAAUUAUGAAGGAAUUAAGUCAAGAUCAGAAUAUGGCAUAUCUGUAGACACAACUCUGCCACACCUUCAUUUCUUAGAUCUCCACCCCCAACCAAUUACAGGUGAAUAGCAUGCUAUUCUCAUGCUUAAAUUUGUCAGAAUAUGCAUAGAGGGAAAAGUGCAUAAUAAGGGAAUUAUGUUCAAUUUAAGCAAGGUUAACUCGGGUCGGAAUCGGGCCCAUGGAGAAAAGCAAAUCAUCUAAGCCAUGUGACUAAAUGCCUGUUAGGUUAGUUAACCACUUUUGAAGAGUGAGUACUAACAAACAGGAAAUGCAUGAUAUCUUCUGAUGUCUCUGAUUGAAUCAAUUAAUGUGUAAUGACAAAACAUAUCACCAUGAUUAAUACGUGUCAAAUCACUUUGCAACAUCACUACUUACUCUAUUUACCAUGAAUUCAUGCUACAUGGAAAAUAUAAUGGAAGGUGCAGAUAUAGUACAAAUAAAAACAUAUAAGUAACAUCAGAUUAUGUGAAAAGCAUGUGCAUCUACUGAACGGUUUUCUAUUGACUGUUAUAAAAUCAUUUUAUUCAUGCAAUAGGGCAAAGACGAGUAGGCGGCCAGUACGUUGCAAUAAACUUUAGUGAACUAUUAACAUAAUAUAUUCUGUUAAUAAUUCACUAAAGUUUAUCGCAAUUUACUGGCUGCCUACUCAUCUUCUUUCUUGAAUUACCUGCCAUUAGGGGCCUGCCCUCAUCUCAUUCAUGCAAUAGGAAAAUAACUGUUCACAUCAAAUAGAGUUUGAUAUGGACAUUCUAUGAAAUGCUAGUUAAUAUAUUUUCAAAGCAAUAUAAACUGUAAUCUGCAUGCCAUAAUGGUAUCUUUACAGUAAAUUAUAUUUUAUAAAAUAAUGCUUAUUCUGUAUAAGUUUUAUAAUGUUUCACAGGUAAUAAGAGCUAUCAAUGUUUUUGUCAUAAAUAACAUGUAUCUCUCUAUGUUGUUGAUCAUGAUUGAUACCAAUAUAUUUUCAUUAAUCUAGAAUGUAGCUAGGCUACACAGAUUUCUCUAAAUUUAUGUGAACUGAAUAGUACUGGAAGGUUAUGUCAAGCUCCUGUCAUAUAUGUGAACAUAUGCAUGAAUAUGUACACUUUGUAUGUUGUGGCUGAACUACACGGGCAGUCAAUUGCCCAAACAUUUUUAUUCCCAAUUUGAAUGCCCAACAAUUGAGAAUCAGUUCAAAUCCAGGCUUGACUCCUCAUGUCUGUAUUUGCUAAACGUUCAAAAUUUUGCCUAGAGAAUGUGUCAACAUCCAAAUUCUGGCCAAAUCUCUGUGCACUUUGAUUCUACAUAACUUAUAGCUUGUCUUCAGACAUUUUAUGUUAUUCUCCUCUGUGCAUUUUAUGUAGCUUUACACUGUACGUAAUGUAAUGUAUCCAUGCAUCUACUGUAAUAGUGCACCCAUAUUAACUAAAAAACUUGCAAUAAAUACUCAAUUUAAACAUCCUCAUUUACAUAGUUGACAUUUACACAUUUUUCUGUGAUUGGCCUUUACUGCAUUUGUAUGGAGAAAAGUUACACUCUCUAUGUCAAAUAUAAAAUAACUAGGUUCAACAUUAUUCUUUAUAUAGUCUACCAUAUCUACACAUUUUAUGUGGGUUAUUAUUUUAUUAGUAUAGCGAUUGUAUGGUGCACUAAAGUGUAGCCUAAAUCACCCUUACCACCAUGGAAGUGGAUAUAGUGUGAGAGCUAAAUAUUUGCCCUGAAAAUUGUUGCCACUUGUACGUAUCUGAAGUAAUAAAUGUCCUAUUAAAAAUGCUGCA